AUGGAGUCGAUGCUGGCAGCGCUUGCCGCGAGCAGUGGAGGAACGGUCGCUGCCGCAGCCGUUGGCGGGCUGGCCGCUGCCGCCGCGCUCGCUGUGCAGGCCGGCGUCGGCGGGAUGGGCCCCAAGGACCGCACCAACGCGCCCCCAGUUGUUCCUGGUUUGCCGCUUAUUGGAAAUCUGCACCAACUGAAGGAAAAGAAACCUCACAAGACCUUCUCAAAAUGGUCUGAUACUUAUGGGCCGAUAUACACUAUUAAGACCGGGUCUUCAUCAGUAGUUGUGCUCAACACAAGGGAGGUAGCUAAGGAGGCAAUGGUUGCGAAAUACUCAUCCAUAUCUACUCGAAAGCUACCUAAAUCUUUAGACGUGUUGGGUCGUCGUGAUAAAGCGAUGGUUGCUAUGAGUGACUAUGGCGACUUCUAUAAAAAGAUGAAGCAUUUAGUUAUGGCGGGCAUGUUGGGUUCUUCUACUCAGAGACAAUUUCGGGAGACAAGAGACCUGAUGAUGGAUAACAUGCUGAGCAGUUUUCGUACAUUGGUGACUGACAACCCGAAUUAUUCCCCUCUGAACUUCAGAGAUGUUUUCAAGGACGAGUUGUUCCGCCUCUCCUUGGUCGAGAGUAUAGGCGAGGAUGUGAGUUCAGUCUACGUGGAGGAGUUUGGGAGGGAGAUAUCGAAGGAUGAAAUCCACCAGAUUACUGUGACUGACAUCUUGAUGUGGGCGAUUGAGGUUGAUUGGAGGGAUUUCUUCCCCUACCUCGGCUGGAUUCCAAACAAGAGCUUCGAAACAGGACUGCAUACCACAGAAUUUAGGCGAACCAGCGUGAUGAGAGCCUUGAUCAAUGAACAGAAGAAAAGAAUUGCACGUGGCGAGGCAAGGGUAUCCUAUCUGGAUUUUUUAGUGGCAGAAAACACACUAACAGACGAACAAUUGAUGAUGCUGGUAUGGGAGGCGGUCAUCGAGAAUGCAGAUACUACUUUGGUGACCACCGAGUGGGCUAUGUAUGAGCUUGCCAAAAACCCAGAAAAACAGGAACGACUCUACCAGGAGAUCCAGGAUGUGUGCGCCGGCGAGACGGUCACUGAGGACCACCUGCGGCGGCUGCCGUACCUCAAUGCCGUGUUCCAUGAAACGCUGCGGUUCCAUUCUCCUGUUCCGCUGGUGCCUCCAAGGUUCGUCCAUGAGACCACCAAACUGGCCGGCUAUGAUGUCCCUGCCGGCACAGAGAUUAUCAUCAACCUGUACGGGUGUAACAUGAACGAGAAGGAUUGGGAGAAGCCCGAGGAGUGGAGGCCAGAGAGGUUCCUGGACCCGAGGUUCGACUCUGCGGACAUGUACAAAACCAUGUCAUUCGGAUCCGGGAUGAGGAUCUGCGCCGGGAGCAUGCAGGCAACGGUCAUCUCGUGCACCGCUAUGGCGCGCAUGGUGCAGGAAUUCGCCUUCAGGCUCAAGGAGGGCGACGAGGACAAAGUGGACACAAUCCAGCUCACCAGCUACAAGCUCCAUCCGCUCUACGUGCAUCUCUCUCCGAGAGGGAGCAAGUGA